UGUUCGACUUGGGCUCGCCAUUUUCUUCCUCCUGAGCCUUCCCCUUCUCCUGGGGCUGCAGAGGACUGUGAAGACGACGAAGACGAGAAAAGUAAUAAGCCCUGAAGUUUCUAUUUGAUCAAGUUGAAGAAAACAGACAGAAGAAGCUACUUGUGUAGCGACGUAGUGUGGCUAUGGCUGCACCCAACGUUCGGGCGAGCAGCUUCUCUCGCAACAUAUCAGUUGCUUCCUCGCCUCAGAUACCCGGUCUCAAGUGCGGUCCUAAUGGCACAACCUUCAUAUCUUCCGGCAUAUGUGAUCUGGACAGAAUACUAGGAGGGGGUUACCCUUUGGGAAGCUUAGUUAUGGUGAUGGAAGAUCCUGAAGCACCCCAUCACAUGGAUUUGUUAAGAACUUUCAUGUCUCAGGGACUUGUAAACAAUCAAUCUCUUCUAUAUGCUAGUCCGUCCAAUGAGCCGAGAGGGUUUCUGGGAACUCUGCCUCAUCCUGCAUCAUCUAAAGAGGAUAGACCUAGUGCACCCAAUCCCGAUCAGGGAGAGAGCUUGAGGAUUGCUUGGCAGUAUCGGAAGUAUUUGGAAAACCAGAAGAAUACUGGUGAUGAUUAUUCCAAUGACUUCGAUAUGAGGAAGCCCUUGGAGAGGCAAUUUCUUAGUGGACGACCAAUAGAUUGUGUGAGUCUGUUAGGUUCUUCGGAUCUUUCUGUCCUUCAAGACCAUUGUGCAAAGUUUUUGUCACGAUUCCAAAGAAGCAGCACUAGCAUUGCAUCCGCUGGUCGUAUUGCUAUCCAGUCUUUCUGUUCCCCACUGUGCGAGUAUUCAGACAAGGAAUGGGACAUGCUUUCGUUCAUAAAAUCUCUGAAAAGCAUGCUGAUGGUAUCGAAUGCCGUGGCCAUCGUGACUUUCUCUCCUUCUCUGCUCUCCCCGUCUUCCUCUAAAAGACUUCAGCACAUGGCAGACACCUUACUCUCAAUCCGAGCUAUUCCAGAUGGCGACAAGGAGUUGGAGAAACUCCUCACUGGCUACAAGGACAUUAACGGGUUCCUCAACGUCCACAAGGUUGCCCGAUUCAAUACCCAGGUGCCUGUAAUUCUUGAGGCAACAACUUACUCAAUGAGCCUGCAGAAGAGAAGAUUCUUGGUUCUCGAGUGUCUGAACCAAGCCCCCGUAGACGGCUCAACCGGUGGAUCCUAUUCCCAAACCGGUGGCUGCUCCGGUUCCUCAAAAUCUGGAGCCUUAGAUUUUUGAAAGUGGUUCCAUUGUUUCUUAAACUUUUUGUGGUUUCCAGGGACUUGGCACUUAGGCUUUGGUUUUAAUCUCCGAAAGCAUAGGAAGUUGUUGGAAAUUGGAAGUGGAACUUUAUUAGAGUUUUUGCUUUGGCUUUUUAUGAUUGGGAAUGUCGGUAAUAUUAGGGGUGACCAUUUCGGUUUUCGGUUCGAGUUCGGUUCGGUUA